UUUCCAACUUCUUUGCGGAGUUGUAUAGAAUCCGCCUUCAAGGCUCUUUAACAAUACAAAACCUUUUGCAAUUUCUCCACCGACUCAAUCUUUGCAUCCCUUCUCAAUUUGAUACUCAAAAUAUCAAAUUCAAUCUGUUUUAUUUUCUCCGUUCAAAAACCCUAAGAUCCUCCUCUCUCAGGUCUUCAACCACCGAAUUAGGGUUUCCGUUCUCCAAUCCCAGAGGCACACAGAGAGCGAACGAUAGCCAUGGAUGAUAGCUGCGCUGUGUGUGCCGAUACUCUCGAAUGGGUCGCGUACGGGGCUUGUGGACAUCGCGAGGUGUGCUCCACCUGCGUCGUUCGUCUCCGCUUCAUCUGCCAGGAUCGCCGAUGCUGCAUCUGCAAGACCGAGUCCGACGUCGUUUUCGUCACCAAGGCUCUAGGAGAUUAUACAAGGAUGAUUAGUGACUUCUCAGUCUUGCCAUCUGAAGUAAGGGAGGGUCGUGUGGGAUCAUAUUGGUACCAUGAGGACACACAAGCGUUUUUUGAUGACGUGGACCACUACAAGAUGAUCAAGGCAAUGUGCAAGCUUUCAUGCAGCGAAUGUGACAGGACGGAGGAGCAAUCAAAUGACGGCCCGAAGCGUCGGGGGAAGAUUCGGAACGUUGAACAGCUGAAGGGCCAUUUAUUUCACAAACAUAGGUUGUUCAUGUGCUCAUUAUGUUUGGAAGGGAGGAAGGUGUUUAUUUGUGAACAAAAAUUGUAUACUAGAGCACAAUUGAAUCAGCAUAUAAAUUCGGGUGACUCUGAAGUGGAUGGAACUGAGAGUGAAAGAGGUGGCUUCAUGGGACAUCCUGUGUGUGAGUUUUGCCGAACCCCAUUCUAUGGGGAUAAUGAACUGUACUCCCACAUGUCUACCGAACACUAUACUUGUCAUAUAUGCCAAAGGCAGCAUCCUGGACAGUAUGAAUAUUAUAAGAAUUACGAUGACCUGGAGAUGCACUUCCGCCAUGGUCAUUUCCUAUGUGAAGAUGAGUCCUGCCUUGCCAAAAAGUUUGUUGUCUUUCAAUCUGAGGCAGAAAUGAAGAGGCAUAAUACGAUUGAACAUGGAGGGCGUUUGUCUCGUUCUAAGCGUAAUGCUGCUUUGCAGGUAAGUAUAAGUAUUCUUUUUUUUUGCGAUUUGCUGCCGCCUCGCUCCGACGCGCGCGAAGGCAUGCCUUUGAAAACACUGGGUAAUAGUUCUAAGAAAGGUAAAGGGAAGAUUUCAGAGGCUGAAAACAGCAUUUCUAAGAACACACUAGCAGAUAGCUUUCUUAGCUCUGUACAGGAACUUCAAUCAAACUACAGGCCUUCUGAAGAAGCAGUGGAGGUGUUGCCAAAGGAUGGGUACCGUGCUGCCAAAGAAAAAUCAAAGCUGUUAGUUAAUGAGCACCAAGAGGAAUUAAACUCCCGCAGUCAACCUCUAGUGCAACUAAGGGGCGAAAAGGAUUCCCAGACAACUGGUGGUGGACCUAAUCCAAAUUUAGGGAAUGGGGGUGGAGGGAGUAAGCAGCGUAAGAAAUCCUCAAAGUUUCAUAGGGUCCGCCUGGGUGAUGGCUCUGCUGCAGCGCUUUUAGAUCUCAGAAAUUCUGAUCCGCAGCCAGAUGCUGGUAAUGAGCGAUUAGAUGGGAGCAGUAACUCAGCUGGAGGAUUGCCUGUUCAAGGUGUCUGGCGAAAGGGAACUCAGAAACUCUUUAGUUAGAGGAAAGAGCUAAGUUAUCAGAUUUUUUGUUAAAGUGUCCUGCGUUUACAAAUGGAACCAGUAGUGCAUGGAAAAGAGUUCAGAGGUGGUCCUUGUGUUUAACCGACUGGGUUUGCUUGUCGUGGCAAUUUUGAGGUUUUUCUUGUUCUUUUGAAGGAUCUUGCCUGAUUGGGCUUAUAUGCGUUCACAUGAUCACAUCUUCAUAUUUGUCAUCAUUAUGCAAGUGUUCAUAUAUACUCUUCGGAAUGAGAAUGCAGAGGUUUGAGACUUGAUACAGUUUUGGUUAA